CCAACUGUGAAGGCUAGUCUUUGACAAUUACCAUUAGUGUCCACUGCCUUUAAGCAAAGUGUGUUCAACUUUUCGGGAGUUUCUAAACUUCUCGGUUCAGUGGAGGACUAUUGUGCUGACUCACUACUACAGUACUUGUAUGUUCAUUUUUAUACAAACACUGCAUUUAAAGGUCACAGUGGUUUCGAAAGCCAAUCCAAUACAUGUGAUCGAUGAAAUUAUAUCUAGACGUGUGUAAAAUGAAGGUUAAAUCUCUAACAAGAAUCAAACCUUAAUUGCAUGAGUGACUUCUACCACUACCUGAGUGCCAAGUAGACAGUGUUAGCCAUUGUAUGCACAUAUACACCAGAUGGAGCCAGUGGGCUUUGAGGCGUUGUACGUAUGUUGCAAGAGGUAACAAUAUUUAUUCAGGUUGCAGUGAUACAAUGUGGACGUGUAUCUACUUUGCUGAGUAAAAUUUGUUCUUUGAAAACUUGAGAACUUUUCUUGAUAUAUUCUUCUGUCGGUGUGAGUAGACUUUGGAGCUCGGGAGAGUACUGUGCCCUACUAUUUAGCCACUGUGGAUGGAACGUGGGAAAUUGGCUUGAACUAUAGUACUUCGCCCUGGUGGAUCGAGGGAACUUCUCGUUGUUAACUUCGCUUUGGCGUAUAGUGAGUUCUAAUUAGUCUGAGUAUGGAUGUUGUGGUUGACCACUCAUAAGGAGCAUCCAGAAAAAAAACCUGUCAAAAUGAACACAAUGGCGAGUAUCUUGCUGGAUGAGAGCACUUCAGAACACGAGCAAAUAUAUAUAUAUGAGGAGGAUGUUAUUAAUUGGGAGUAUUCACAGGUAGACACCAUCUUAAUUACCAUCCUUGUACCGAUUCUCUUGUGCCUCGGAGUGAUCAACAAUUCAGCUUUUUUAUUUGUCAUUUUUCGUGUUCCCAAAAUGAGAUCUGCAACCAAUAUCUGCUUAGCACAUUUGGCCGUGGCUGAUCUUCUGUACCUGUCUGUUACGAGCCUCGUGUUCAACAUUUUGAGUUACACUGCAUCCCCAUCUGUGGCAUUCAUUGCUAUCGCGAAAAGUGAUGCUGCAUGUUUUAUUUUUGAGUUGUUGAAGCGCAUGGGAUACUUUGUAUCCAUUGCUCUGGUGACCACGGUGUCAUUGGAGAGAUAUCUUGCUGUAUGCCAUCCUAUCCAGCAUCUGAAAGUCCGUGGACGGCGUCGAACCAACACAAUGGUCGCUAUCUGUUGGGUGGUGGGGUUGAUGUUUGCAUGCUCAACAACAUUAGGCAUCUCAGCAGUGAAUUACAAGCUGUUUGUCCAGUGGCCUGAGGGUUACCAAGAUUAUCCAAGGGAGGUAUCGGGCUGUCAAGGACUACAUUCAAUGAUAUGGCGUAUCACAUUGCCUCUGGGAGUUGUACCCUGGUUCAUUGCAAUGUUUGCUAAUGUGUUUAUGUAUGUGAAGAUCAUUUAUGCAUUGAACAAGCGCAAGAGUGCUACUUUAUGAAAAGAACCAACAACAAGGCGCAGAAAAGUCUUAACAAGGUUGCUCAAGUUCUGAUCGCCAAUGGAGUUGUAUUCUUCAUCUGUCAAACUCCAUCUGUUGUGAUCGUUAUAACUAGCUAUGUUUUUUACUCGACACCGGGUAAUGCUAGUGAAGGAUUGGAAACUUUGUUAAGGAAUGGACCUUGGUUUUCUGAAAUUCCUCUGUUAAUAAACACCAUAGUCAAUCCACUGAUAUAUGGCACUAUUCAUGCACAAUAUCGAUCUGCAUUCAUUCAAGCGUUUCGAUGCAAUACUGGAUCUAGUCAGCUUCAAUUCGACAAAAACAUUCCCGCAGUCAGUGCCCAUGUGAUGAAGAGAGCACGAAACUUAAAUGAGACGGAGUGUGACGUCACCAGCCUUUGACUACAACAUGAUGUGCCCUGCACGGUUAGACAUAGCAUUGUAGGCACAUGACAACUUCCCUACUGAAUGACUGUUCAAUUUCUUAUCCUCUUUUAAUAGCAUGUAAAGUUUAUAAUCAAACAAACACAAAAAAAUAGGCUUUGCUUCUAGCCCAUGUUUAUAAUUGUAUGCAUAUAUAUGUAUACAUGUCUAUUGUGAUACUGUCUUUGACAAGUUACCAAAACUACAUCUACCGUUAAAGGCAGUGGACAUUAUUGGUAAUUACUCAAAAUAAUUAUCAGCAUAAAACCUUAC